AAAUGCAGCCAACUAACGUGCAAAAAGGAAAGCGCCCUUACAGUUUCCUCAUCAUAUAAUUGGGCAUUCAUUAAGCAUCAUUUUCAAUUUUUCAUUCUUUUUUACUUACUCCAUUAAGUUUUAAGACUGUUAUCCAGAAUAUAUUAGGCCAAUGUGAUCGUUAAGAAAGUUCAACGAAUCAGUCAAAUUCACUCGCACACGGUGCCAUCACGCGUCUUUCCUCUUCCUUCCGUCUCCUUUAUAGAUCCGAAUUCCGCCCAAAGUCCUUUACUGUUGACGCACGCCUAAUUUCUGAUUCUUCCGAAUAUCUCUCUGCAUACAUAGGUUGAUUCAUAUACUUUUCUUUCUCAGUUAGAGUUAAUGGCGGAUUCUGAGUCCGAGCACAAUAACAACAUCCAUAGAGACUUCUAUAUUCCUACCUAUAUACUUGCACCGAAUGCUUCGAGCAACAGCUUACGUUUACCUGAUGUACCUAAAUGCCCUGUCCUAGUGUUCGUCAACUCUAAAAGUGGAGGUCAACUUGGAGGAGAACUUCUACGUACAUUUCGUCAUCUUCUUAACAAAUAUCAGGUUUUCGAUUUGGGAGAAGAAGCUCCUGAUAGUGUUUUACAUAGGCUCUAUUUGAAUAUAGAAAGGCUCAAGGGUAAUGGUGAUCGAUUUGCCGCCGAAAUUGAAGAGAGAAUGCGAAUUAUCGUUGCAGGUGGAGAUGGCACGGCUGGCUGGCUUCUCGGAGUUGUAUCUGAUCUCAAGCUAUCUCAGCCACCUCCAAUUGCGACAGUACCUUUGGGAACUGGAAAUAACCUUCCAUUUGCUUUUGGCUGGGGAAAGAAGAAUCCAGGGACCGACCUUAACUCUGUCAUCUCUUUUUUGAAGCAAGUAAUGAAUGCAAAGGAAAUGAAGAUGGACAGUUGGCACAUUCUUAUGAGGAUGAGGGCACUAAAAGAUGGUUCUUGUGAUCCUGUUGCACCGCUGGAAUUGCCUCAUUCUUUACAUGCCUUUCACCGGGUUUCUCCAUCUGAUGAACUAAACGUGGACGGUUUCCAUACAUUUCGUGGAGGUUUCUGGAAUUACUUCAGCAUGGGGAUGGAUGCACAAGUAUCUUAUGCAUUUCACUCAGAGAGAAAAAUGAACCCUGACAAAUUCAAAAACCAACUUGUCAAUCAGAGUUCAUAUUUAAAGCUAGGAUGUACUCAAGGAUGGUUUUUUGCCCCCCUCGUUCAUCCUUCUUCGAGGAACAUAGCUCAACUGACUAAGGUUAAGAUAAUGAAAAAGCAGGGGGAAUGGCAAGACCUUCACAUUCCACCCAGUGUCAGGUCAAUUGUAUGCCUCAACUUGCCUAGCUUUUCUGGUGGACUAAAUCCCUGGGGAACACCAAACAGCAAGAAACGUCAAUAUAGGGACUUGACUGCUCCAUUUGUAGACGAUGGCCUUCUUGAGGUUGUUGGAUUCAGAGAUGCUUGGCACGGAUUGGUCCUCCUUGCUCCAAAAGGACAUGGGACACGUCUUGCCCAGGCACACAGAAUCCGGUUUGAGUUUCACAAAGGUGCAGCUGAUCAUACAUUCAUGAGGAUUGAUGGGGAACCCUGGAAGCAACCCCUACCUGAAAAUGAUGAGACCGUUGUGGUAGAAAUUUCUCAUCUAGGCCAAGUUAAGAUGCUUGCUACCCAUGACUGCAGAGCCAAAAGUAUACAUGAUCCCUCAAGUCAAUUCAGUCCUGACGCUGAUGAGGUUGAUAGUGAUGAAGAAAAUUCGGUCAAUGAAGAACGGAGGAAAUUUGGGGCAGCAGACACUUUCAAAAUUUCAGAUGAGAUUAAUGUUUCUAGUCUCAGUUAAUUUUAUGUCUUCUUUGUUAUGUUACCUCUAUAGAAGAUUUGCUGUAUAGUAGACAUAACGAGGCUCUAUGUCGACUUUAUAAGACAUGGAUAUUUUAGAGGUUUUGCGUAGAGAAUUUCGUGAUUAUUUGGUGUAUAGGAGAAAGUUAAGUGACUUUGUGUAUGAUAAAGGAGACGCUUAUUAUUUGUAUUUGGCUUUUAAACUUGUAUUCUCUACCAAAAGUGACCAGAUUAGGAAUAUCAUUCUUUUUGUAUGCUUGCUU